CGCUCUCACUCGGCGCGGGCGUUGCUGGCGGGGGGCGACGCAGCCACUAGCCCGGGACCGGGGCCGGGAGCGAGGGCGGCGUGCGGCGUGGGCUGUGCCCGGGGCUGGGAUGCGCCGGGUACUCCGUGGCGGCGGCGUUGGCGGCGGCGUCGGCGGCUGCGGAGGGACGAGCUAGCGCCGCGACGCGGGGAGCCAGUCGCGCCCGGCCGGCGAGCGGAGGCGUUGGCGGCGGCGCCAGCGGAGCAGCGGCUGCAGCCGGAGCCCGAGUUUCGCGCGCCCACCAUGGCCGCCCAGGGCGAGCCCGGCUACCUGGCGGCGCAGUCGGACCCGGGCUCCAACAGCGAGCGCAGCACCGACUCGCCCAUGCCGGGCUCUGAAGACGACCUGGUUGCCGGGGCGCCUCUGCACAGCCCUGAGUGGAGCGAGGAGCGCUUCCGCGUGGACAGGAAGAAACUUGAGGCCAUGUUGCAAGCUGCCGCUGAAGGAAAAGGCAAAAGUGGAGAAGACUUUUUUCAAAAGAUCAUGGAGGAAACAAAUACGCAGAUUGCUUGGCCAUCAAAACUGAAGAUUGGUGCCAAAUCCAAGAAAGAUCCCCAUAUUAAGGUUUCUGGAAAGAAAGAAGAUGUUAAAGAAGCCAAGGAAAUGAUCAUGUCUGUCUUGGACACAAAAAGCAAUCGAGUCACCUUGAAGAUGGAUGUUUCACAUACAGAACAUUCACAUGUAAUUGGCAAAGGUGGUAACAAUAUUAAAAAAGUAAUGGAAGAAACUGGGUGCCACAUCCACUUUCCAGAUUCCAACAGGAAUAACCAAGCAGAAAAAAGCAACCAGGUAUCUAUAGCAGGGCAGCCUGCAGGAGUGGAAUCUGCCCGAGUUAGAAUUCGGGAGCUGCUUCCCUUGGUGCUGAUGUUUGAGCUACCAAUUGCUGGAAUUCUUCAACCGGUACCUGACCCUAAUUCACCCUCCAUUCAGCACAUAUCCCAAACGUACAACAUUUCAGUGUCAUUUAAACAGCGUUCCCGAAUGUACGGUGCUACUGUCAUAGUACGAGGGUCUCAGAAUAACACUAGUGCUGUGAAGGAAGGAACAGCCAUGCUGUUAGAACAUCUCGCUGGGAGCCUGGCGUCCGCUAUUCCUGUGAGCACACAACUCGAUAUUGCAGCUCAGCAUCAUCUCUUCAUGAUGGGUCGAAAUGGGAGCAACAUCAAACAUAUUAUGCAGAGAACGGGUGCUCAGAUCCACUUUCCUGAUCCCAGUAAUCCACAGAAGAAAUCCACCGUCUACCUCCAGGGCACCAUUGAGUCUGUCUGUCUUGCAAGGCAGUAUCUCAUGGGUUGUCUUCCUCUUGUGUUGAUGUUUGAUAUGAAGGAAGAAAUUGAAGUAGAUCCACAGUUCAUUGCUCAGUUGAUGGAACAGCUUGAUGUCUUCAUUAGCAUUAAACCAAAGCCAAAACAGCCAAGCAAGUCUGUGAUUGUGAAAAGUGUUGAGCGAAAUGCCUUAAAUAUGUAUGAAGCAAGGAAAUGUCUCCUCGGACUUGAAAGCAGUGGGGUUACCAUAGCAACCAGUGCAUCCUCAGCAUCGUGCCCUGCCAGCCUGGCAUGUCCCAGCCUGGAUAUCUUAGCUUCAGCAGGCCUCGGACUCACUGGACUAGGUCUCUUGGGGCCCACUACCUUAUCUCUAAACACUUCAGCCACCCCAAACUCACUCCUGAAUGCUCUUAAUAGCUCUGUCAGUCCUUUGCAAAGUCCAAGUUCUGGUACUCCCAGUCCCACAUUAUGGGCACCCCCACUUGCUAAUACAUCAAGUGCCACAGGAUUUUCUGCUAUACCACACCUGAUGAUUCCAUCCACUGCCCAAGCCACGCUAACCAAUAUUUUGUUGUCUGGAGUGCCCGCCUAUGGUCACACAGCUCCGUCUCCUCCUCCUGGUUUGACUCCUGUUGAUGUCCAUAUCAACAGUAUGCAGACGGAAGGCAAAAAAAUCUCAGCUGCUUUAAAUGGACAUGCACAGUCUCCAAACAUAAAAUAUGGUGCAAUAUCCACUUCAUCACUUGGAGAAAAAGUGCUGAAUGCAAAUCAUGGUGAUCCAUCCAGACAGACAACUGGGUCUGAGCAAGCAUCUCCCAAAUCAAACCCUCCAGAAGGUUGCAAUGAUGCUUUCGUUGAAGUAGGCAUGCCCCGAAGUCCUUCCCAUUCUGCAAAUGCUGGUGACUUGAAACAGAUGAUGGGUCCCUCCAAGGUUUCCUGUGCCAAGAGGCAAACAGUAGAACUGUUGCACGGCACAAAAAACUCGCACUUACACAGCACUGACAGGUUGCUCUCAGACCCUGAGCUGAGUGCUUCAGAAAGCCCUUUGGCUGACAAGAAGGCUCCUGGGAGUGAGCGUGCUGCAGAGAGGGCUGCCGCCGCCCAGCAGAACUCGGAAAGAGCCCGCCUUGCCCCACGGCCGUCAUAUGUCAACAUGCAGGCAUUUGACUAUGAACAGAAGAAGCUGUUAGCAACCAAAGCUAUGUUAAAGAAACCAGUGGUGACUGAGGUCAGAACACCCACAAAUACCUGGAGUGGCCUGGGGUUUUCUAAAUCCAUGCCGGCUGAAACUAUCAAGGAGCUGAGAAGAGCCAAUCAUGUGUGCUAUAAACCCACAAUGACAACCACUUAUGAGGGCUCAUCACUGUCCCUCUCGAGGGCCAACAGUCGUGAACACUUGGGAAGUGGAAGUGAAUCUGAUAACUGGAGAGACCGAAACGGACUAGGGCCCGCAAGUCACAGUGAAUUUGCAGCUUCUGUGGGCAACCCCAAGCGUAAACAGAACAAAUCAACGGAGCACUAUCUCAGCAGUAGCAAUUACAUGGACUGCAUUUCCUCGUUGACGGGAAGCAAUGGCUGUAACCUGAACAGCUCUUUCAAAGGCUCUGACCUCCCUGAACUCUUCAGCAAACUAGGCCUGGGCAAGUACACAGACGUCUUCCAGCAGCAAGAGAUUGAUCUUCAGACGUUUCUCACUCUCACGGAUCAGGAUCUGAAGGAGCUGGGAAUUACUACUUUUGGUGCCAGAAGGAAAAUGCUGCUUGCAAUCUCAGAACUAAAUAAAAACCGAAGAAAGCUUUUUGAACCACCAAAUGCACGCACCUCUUUCCUGGAAGGCGGCGCGAGCGGAAGGCUGCCCCGUCAGUAUCACACAGACAUUGGUAGUGUCAGUGGCCGCUGGUAGCAGUACCCUCUAGGCACGUGCCCGCAACUCACUGUAAAGUCGGACACAGGAAACCUGUGCGCACCUUCACUGCACACCAUCCUCAGCACCUUGGGUGCCUGGUGUCAGGACCAAAGCAUCUUAUUCACACCUGUAUUUUGUACCAAAAAAGAAAAGAGAGAUGUUCUCAUGUCGUCAUACGGAACACCUAAUGUGGAUUACUUUUUUUAAAAAAUGGCAAUUGGACAAAAUUUGCAAUAUGAGGAUAGGGCUAUUUUUCCUGUUUUUAUUUACCUGUAUAACAUAUGCACUGAUUUUUUACUUAAAAUGAAGGAUAAAUUGACAUCUGGGAUGACAGAAAUCAUAGACAUUAUUUUGUUUGCUUGUUUUGUCUUGGUACUUUGGGAUUUUUUUUUUUUUAAUAAUCAAAGAGGAAUUUUCUGGUACUGCUUUAAAGUAAUUAUUGAGGUCUUUCAGCACUUUACACGUUCUGAUUUCUUGUCCUGUGGAAAUUGUCUCUCAUUUUCAUGUCACCUGAUGUAUUGGUACGAUUCUAAUUUAGUCACAUUUUUCUGACUGCAUCAAAUUUUAUUUGAAAUGGUACUGGAUACUAGUUUCUAUGCAGAAUAUUCUGUGACUUUGGGAAAUGUGACUCCACUUGGUUCUGGACCAGUUCUGUUUAUUUACAUCCACAUUCUAGAAACACUUAGCAAUGAACCCAGUUCACUGUAACAGGUGCAAAGAAAGACCAAAUGGACUUUGCAAUAUUAACCCUUUGCAGUCAUCAUAUUUAGCUGCUGCCUGUAUUGCUAAAAUGAUUUUAAUGGUUGAAAGCAAAGGGCUGUUUUUAGUAUACUGCCACUAAAGGACAUUUAUUUAUAUCAAACUUUUAUUUUUAGAUAUUAUAAGCAUACAGUACAUAACUGACUAAAUUGAUAUCUACUAGAGAUUUAUGGUAGAGAAUGGAUGGCAUUUAAUAACUGGAGCCCUAGAUUGUCACUUUAUUUAAAAAGACAAAUAAUCAUUUGACAAGACAGCACUGUUGCCAUAAUGAGGAGAAAUAGAUUAUGGUCCUUAUCAUGUACGCAUUAAUUAUGCUCCAUGUGGUCGCAGGGCUUUCCUAAAACCAUAUCUGUCUGCUUGAAGUAGACUUAUGUUUGUUGAGAACAGAAAGACGUUAAGUCUCUAGAACCAUAGUUUAUAAAGAUGGCUGAGUUCUGAAGGGACGGGAAAAAAAAAGACUUCUAAGUGGCUAGACUCAUUGUUACAAUCUAUACUGUGAAAGUCCAAGAAAUCGGGCAACAUUGUUUCCUGGGUCUUUACAGAUAUCUUAUUGUGGAUUUAUGAAGGGUUUUCAAUCCGUGAAGAAAAUCACUAAGUGCCUCUCUUUCCUUAAAGAAAUAUUUUUUCCAAGUAUGUUAAUUUGUUGGAAAAUGUUCCCAUAGGAAAUGUUGUGAAUUACUUGUACUGUAAUGACUUAUUUAUGUAAAGUGUUCUAGACUCUGCACGGACAUAAACCACUCCCAUGUGCUCUCAGCAGAAGGCAUUAGAUAGGCAUGCACUACAAUUGGGGAUUUUUAUACAGAUGCGGGAUAAGAAAUACUUCUGACAUUUUUCCAUGGCUAAGUUUUAACCAUUAAAGUAAGAACAAGAAUUGAAGAGACAUUUUGCACACAGAAAUAAGUUGUUCACUCUAGAAAAUAGUAUUGGUUACCUUGAAGGCAUAGGCAGUGGGUCUGUCAUAAAUUAUCAAUCAUCUCUGUCUCUCAGGGCUUCCCAAACCCAAACUAAACCAGAGCAAACCGUAUCUGCUUGACGAUAUAGAGCUAAACCAUUCUCUUUGCAAGGGCAGUGGAAUAAUUCUGUGCACACGUACGCAGAUGAUCAGAUAUUGCUCCCUGCCUUUCGUGACUGUUUAAAUGCUUCAUACUAAACACUCAGCAAAGGUAUGAAUGCCACAUUUGUUCCUGUUCAGCAACUCCCCAGUGCUCCAAAUUUUACCUUUUUUUUUAAUAAGACCUUCCCAAAUAAAAUAAUCAUUUGGAGCUCUUUUCCUAGCUUGUUACCAUUCAUUUUCAACAGGAGGAAGAAGGGAUGACUAUGCAGUAUUAAGUCAAUAUUGGUUUUAUGAACAGUGCUUUGAUAUUAUGCCAAAGGGAAAACUUUCCCAGUUAGUCUAAACUAAAUAGGGUGGCUAAAAAUAAAUAAAUAAAUUAAAACACUGGAAAUUACUUUUCUCACUUUCUCUUGAAGCAAUGAAGGGACUUCGACACUACAGUGUACGGUGUUGUCAGUGUUAUUUGAUGCACAAAAUAUUUGGAUUAUUUGAAUAAAUGUUAGUUUUUAAUCAGUCUGUGCCUUAAUAGUGACCGGUUAUCUGUGAAUACUGAACAGAUACAGAUUGUAUUUUUGUGUGGGUUUUUGUCCUUUUAGCGGUUUUUUAAAAACGAGAGAUGGAAUUAAACAUUGAAAAUGGGAAUAUUUUCUGAUCAAUUGUUACAUGAAAAAUAAAAUUUAUAUAACCCCUUUGU